ACACAACCAAAUUCGAACACAACUCAACUGAAUCACUACUUCAAAACCAAGUAAAAGAAGAAUGGCCAAGGGAAACAAAAGGAUGGCUGUCCUAGUUGGGUGCAACUACCCAAACACCCCAAAUGAGUUGCAUGGAUGCAUCAACGAUGUGUUGAGCAUGCAAAAGACUCUCGUGACUCGGUUUCGAUUCGAUCCGAACCGAAUUGAGCUCCUGACGGAUGCUCCGGGAUCCACAGUGUUGCCAACAGGAGAAAACAUAAAGAAGGCUCUUGGGAAGAUGAUUGAUGAGGCUGCAGCUGGGGAUGUUCUGUUUUUUCAUUAUAGUGGCCAUGGCACGCGGAUCCCUUCUGUCAAGCCUCGCCAUCCGUUUCGUAAAGAUGAAGCCAUUGUUCCUUGUGACUUCAAUCUCAUCACAGAUGUGGACUUUCGGGAGCUAGUAAAUCGGCUACCUGAGGGAGCAAGCUUCACAAUCAUCUCAGAUUCCUGCCACAGCGGAGGCUUGAUUGACAAAGAAAAAGAACAAAUCGGGCCUGACAAGAUCCUUGAGAAAGGCGCGUCAGACGUUACACACAAGCCUAAAGCCAUACCCUUUGACACAAUUCUACAACACCUUUCUGCAUUGACAAACAUCAACACAUCCGAUCUAGGCACCCACUUGCUAGAGAUUUUUGGAAGCAAUGCAAGCUCCAAGUUCAGUUUGCCUCAUGACGAGCAACAAACGCUGCAUCCAGACUCAGGCGUUCUGCUUAGCGGGUGCCAAGCGAAUGAGACAUCGGCUGAUAUCUCCGGUUCAAGUGGAGGGGAGAACAAGGCUUACGGAGCAUUCAGUAAUGCUGUUCAGAUGGUGUUGAAGGAAAACUCAGGUGCUUUGAGUAACAAAGAGACUGUGAUGCUGGCUAGGAGUGUUCUGCAGAGGCAGCGUGUGGAACAACACCCUUGUUUGUAUUGCAGCGAUGAAAAUGCUACAAAAUCCUUCUUGUGUCAACCCCAAGAAAGCAUCUCAGAUAUGUGAGCAACAUGGUAAGUGCUACCUGUGUUAAUUUCUAAGAUAAAUGUGCAACGUAUUUCUGUUUCAA